AUAGGUUUCUGGCUCUCCCUCUGUUUCUCUUUACACUCUCUCCACCAAUUUCAUCAGCAGUUCCUCUCUGACUCUGUUUCUUUCUCCCUUCCAAGAAAUUCAAAGCAGAGACAAAACACAGACUAGUUACAACUCACUUUAUUAUCUCUACCCAUUAAUAUUAUCUUCAUCCACAAAGAAACAACUCUCGCCACUGCUUCUUAUUUUCUCCUCUCCGUGUCCUUUCCAACCAUCUUUUUGAUUUCCAUCGGCAACAGCUCGCCGAAGAUAAAAAGAUCGAUUCUUGAAGACCAAGAAGAAGAGAACUUUACCAUCUGUAUAUCCUGUGCUGUGUUACCCAUUCGAUACGCAAGCUUCAACUAAUCAGUGCUAUAUUUUUUUUUUCUUGUCCUGGAAAGUGAUUAAAAUGGCAGAAAUUCUCAAGUUGGAUUUGUCUUCUUCAUGUGGGUCUGUAGAGGCUUUGGAAUCGGAACAGAAGAACAUGGGCACCCAGAGAAUUUCGGUUUCGGAUCACAUAAACGCAUUUCAGUAUACAGCCGAGAAAACCGAUAGCUUUGUGAUUGAUAUCGAUGCCUUCUCUUCCGGCAUCAACAAAGAUAGCACCAAUGCAAAUUCGAGAAUUACGUUGCAGAGGAGCCUUUCCAGGAAAGGAUCUCAGCGUGGGGGCGACAGGAAGGUGAGUGGCAAUGCUACACUUCAUGAUAAGGAUACCGUCCCUGCUAUAUGCUCACCAAAAGCAACUCUGGUAGGGCCUUGCACGCCCGAAAAGCCAGCGGCGAUGGCAGUAGGGUCCACGGAUCAUUCCAUCAACCCACACGUCCAUCAUCAGAUUACUAUCACAGCAAGCAACAUCAAGGGCACCACCACCGAAAGCAAAUGUAUAACUCGGAGAAAUAGUUUCAGACGAUCUUAUACAUGGGCCUUUGAUCCUAAAAGGGUUCUCCUUUUCUUCGCCACCUUGUCAAGCAUGGGAACAAUAUUGCUGAUAUACUUCACUCUUACAAUCAAUAAGCAAAAUGCAGACGAAUAUGGGGGUGAUUGGAAGCAGUGACUUGAGCCACCCUCAUAAAACUAUAAGGUUACACAAAAUGCAUUCUGGAGUUAAAUUAACUUAGAGUCCCAGAAUUGGAGCAAAACGUAGAGAAACAAGAAGUUCGAAGAAGACAAAUUAAAACUGCCGGAGUUGCAAAAAGCUAACCAAAUUUUCGCCCACCUGGAUGUCAGAAUCAGUUAAAAUCUGCUUUUCGGCAUCACCCCUUUGGCGCGAUGACUACAAGAGAUAAAUACAAAGACAUACUGUACUAUGACAGAGGGGAAGGAAUCUUCCUUUUUUAUAUCAAUGGAAGACAACAAUUUGUGUAAUUGCAGGGCUUAGUGGAGGAUCAUAAAGUCACUUUUUACUCUCUAUGAUCCUCGAUCCUUAUAUUGGUCGACCGUAUCUUACUGUUUUGUUUUGCUCUUAACAUUCAAUCAUCUAGUAACAAGUGAACCUUUUGUUAUGAGCAUAUGUGACUUUUCAU